AUGGCGGAUUCAAUUGUUACUUUAGAAGGUCUUAAUGAGUAUGAUGAUGGUGACACUGAUAAAGACAAUCUGAAUGAUUAUGAUGCAAAUCAACUUCAGCAAGAAUUCUUAGAACAACAGGAACAAAACUUUAAAAAACAACAACAAUUAUUCUCACAACAUCAGCAACAACUUUUAGAACAACAACUACAAUUCAUAGAACAACAGCAACAACUCUUUAAACAACAAAAACGAAAACCUUCACAACAAAAUCAACAACUCUUGGAAAAACAGCUACAACUCACACAACAAUUGCAACAGCUCUUACAACAACAACAACAACAAAUGCUACAACAACAAGAACUAGUUUUACAACAACAGCAACAACAAGAACAUGUUUUACAACAACAACAACAGCCCUUACGAAAGCAACUUUUAGAAGUUUUAGAACAACAGCAACAACUUUUACAACAACAAUUGCAACAACCUCCACAAAAACAGCAAAAGAUUUUACAACAACAGCAAAAACUAUUACAAAAACAGCAACAAUUAACACAACAGCAGCAGCAACUCUCACAACAACAACAACAUAAACAACACUUACAACAACAGCAAGAACUCUUGCAACAACAAAAAUUCUUACAACAACAGCAAGAGCACUUACAAAAACAGCAAGAACACUUGCAACAACUGGAACAAUUCAUACAGCAGCAACAGCAGCAACUCUUAGAAUCAACAUCUCUCAGAACUCUUAGAACAACAUCAAAAGCUCCUACAAAAACAGCAAAGCUUCACACAACAUCAGCAACAACUCUUGAAGAAUCAGCAAAAAUUCAUACAACUACAAUUAUUACAACAAUUUGUGCAAGGACAACGACAAUAUCUGUUAUCACUCCAGAUGAAAUCACUAGGGUUGCUAAACUUACUCAGGGUCAUGACCCAAUAGCUUUAGUGGAAGAUUUAUCGCAAUCAUGUCAAACUACAUUACUUAGUAUUCUUACCUCUCCAGAACUUGUACAAUGCAUUCUAAUUCCUGCAUUUUUACCACUUUUACCAAUUUUAGUUGAUCCUAGUGAAAUUGGAUCACUUAUUUCCAAUCCAAAGACUGGACUUCAAAAACUUCAACCUGACUUGAUAGAAUUCUCUAAUGAAUUCUGUGUGGCACCAAAAUGUUCUGAUCAAGGUGUUGCAUAUGCUAUUAAGACAAUUCAAACCGGAUGCGCUGGAAACCCAAGCCACUUUUGCUUAGUUGAAAAUGACAUCACCACUUCAAUCAACUUACCUAAAUCUCCGUUCAAUCUUGGUGGCAGUGACUUUAUAGAUUCUAUUGUAGUUGCUGAUCCAACAGCCAUCUGCACUACAU